GUGAGAGGGGAACGUGCGAGAGAAGAAGGGCGACGAGCGCGGGAGGGUGUCGUGGGAAGGGGUGCCGGGGCACAACCGUUGUGCCGGCCGUCCUUCUGGUCGCUCGGAGAUGGCGUCGGAGAUCGAGGUCGUGGCGGAAGCGAGCGCCUCGCCGGUCUCCGUCGUCGGCGAGGACGGCCUGAAGGACGAUAUCUACACUGCCGCGGCCUACGGCGACCUCGAGAAGCUGCAGAAGCUCGUCGAGGGGGACGGCUGUUCCGUGUCGGAGCCCGACGGAUUGGGCUACUACGCUUUGCAAUGGGCUGCUCUCAACAAUCGGAGUGCCGCCGCACGUUACAUUAUCGAGCAUGGUGGAGACGUGAACGCGAAGGAUCACUCGGGGCAGACGGCGCUUCACUGGAGCGCGGUGCGCGGGGCGGUUCAGGUCGCGGAGAUCUUGCUUCAGGAGGGCGUGCUCGUUAAUGCGGCCGAUUUGAACGGUUAUCAGACAGCGCAUGUUGCAGCACAGUAUGGCCAAACUGCUUUCUUGUAUCAUAUUCUUACAAAAUGGGACGCUGAUGUCGAUACUCCUGACAAUGAUGGGAGGAGUCCACUGCAUUGGGCUGCAUAUAAAGGUUUUGCUGAUUGCAUUCGUCUACUUUUGUUUCUAGAUGCUUUUCGAGGGAGACAGGAUAAGGAAGGAUGUACUCCGCUUCAUUGGGCUGCUAUUAGGGGAAACUUAGAGGCAUGUACAAUCUUGGUGCAAGUUGGUAAGAAAGAGGACCUCAUGGCAACUGAUAACACCGGGCUCACUCCUGCACAACUUGCAUCAGAUAAAGGUCAUAUGCAAGUAGCAUUUUUCCUUAGAAAUGCUAAAAGGCUGCUUGAUAAUCGUUGUGAUGGAGACAGACAUCUCAGAAAACUUAUGAGAUUAGGACUAGCACCUGUGCUUUGGUUUAUGAUAAUAGUUCUUCUUGCCACAUACAUCCACUCUGUCGUCAUAGGUUUGAAUCUUUUAAGCAUAAAUGCUGCCUUUGGAUUUUUUGCCUGGUUAGGCAUUUUGCUUGCCACUUCUGGACUCGUAAUGUUUUAUAGAUGUAGCAGAAAGGAUCCUGGUUACAUAAAGAUGAAUGUACAUAUGGGAGACCUUAAAGAUGUUGAUCAGGAGCCUUUGUUGAAAUUGGAGCUGAAAAAUCCUGCUUUGGUUGCUGGAAAUUGGUCGCAGCUUUGCUGCACUUGCAAGAUAGUCAGGCCUCUGCGUUCGAAACAUUGCUCCACAUGCAAUCGCUGUGUUGAACAGUUUGAUCAUCACUGCCCCUGGGUGUCAAAUUGCAUUGGGAAGAGAAACAAAUGGGAUUUCUUAUUGUUUCUUAUUCUGGAAACUCUAGCGAUGUUGGUUACUGGUGUUAUAACUUCAAUAAGAAUCUUUACAGAUCGAACAUUUCAAUCCUCAUUCAGUGCAUGGAUGACUAGCGCUGGGAAUCAUCUUGGCGCGAUAUCAUUUCUAAUAAUGGACAGUUUCCUUUUUCUCAGUGUUGCAACUUUAACCACCGUUCAGAUUUCUCAGAUCUCCAACAACAUAACCACAAAUGAAAUGGCCAACGUAAUGCGCUAUAGUUAUUUGAAAGGGCCAGAUGGCACAUUCAGGAACCCAUAUGAUCGUGGUGUGUGGAAGAACUGUUCCAGUUUCCUGAUAAAGGGAUACAAUGAAGACACGGAACAUCUUGAACAGCCAAACCGUCUAGAAGGGAUUGGUGUGAUUCAGAUGACAUAAGCCAGCAUCAAAAGGUUGAGAUCUCUCCCUGAAUGUGAGGACAAUGGCCGCCUUCUGCAUGGAUGUUGUAAAGGAAGCUAAGGAUUCAUGGGCACAUGUGUGUUCCCAAUCAGCAGCAGCCAUGAGUUGGACAAGAGCUGAUCCUCGUCCCUCUAUGCUUGGUGAGAAAAACAAUCGUUGGCACGACGAGAUAACUUUUGUAGCUUCUAAUUCAUUGAAGGGUUAUGUCAUACAGCUCUGGAACGUGGACAGAGAGGCGCGGAAGCAUCCUGAUAUCACUUUCUUUUUUUACUGUUCCUCCCCUGUUGUAAUGCUUGUUGUAAAGUAGACAGAAUGGUUUGAAGUGCAGCUGCAGUAAAUUUAUCCUCAACCGAGUUUGGGUUUGAAAUGCGAGAAUGGUUCUGCUGACAAUAAAGUCUAGGCAGUUCCCUCGAAGAAUAUCGCUCGUCUUUACGUGGUUUCCAGGUACGUUCUAAUUGUUGAGCUGCUUUGUUUUCAAUGUUACUUUGUUUAGGUGAAUUUUCCGGUCUAGGUGAAUUUCCAGUGCAAAUUGCCAUUAUCAGAAACUCAUUGAAGCGAAGACUGUAAGCGAAAAUCCGACACACCGAAGAGGGUCUGACCGUGUGUCAAUUGCGUCGGGAAAUUACAAUGAUGCGGCAUUAACCAAUAGGAUCAUCAAGCCAGGUUGGUGGGUUUAGGUUGCCCCUAAAUCUUGGUUGGAGAAUAAAAAAGGGAAAUUGUGUUAGCUGUAUUCGAUUGCUUGAACAAUUAGAAUAAUCUUGGGCAUUUUUAGAAAUC